GUGCCAGAGCAGUCUCCUUUGCUGUGCUUCUCUGAGAAACACACACCCACACACACCAGAACACUCUUCAUUGCUGGUUGGGGGAGAGUGCUGAAUCCUUUCCUCUUUGCCUGGAUCAUGCUGCCCUGGAAAAGAAGUAAGUUUGUGCUGGUGGAGAACGAGUCCAAAAGCAAGCCGAAAAGUCUUGGAGCCGGACUGACUUAUCAUUCCCUGCUUUCGACUUUGCUCCACUCCUGUCCGGACCUUGUUCCCGACUGUCCGUUUCAAUGGCUGGGGAGCGUUUUCCACAGCAAACGCCAGAAAGUAGAGCUCAACAAAGAGGAACCCACCUACAACGUGCGUUACCUGGGCAGCGCAGUCACCAUCAUGGCUAAAGGCGAGGAUUGCAUGCAGGAGGCGGUGGCUAAGAUUUGGACUCGCAGCAACUACGGCGAACAGAGCGCCAAGAUGAAGCUCAGCGUCGGGCCGCACGGAAUUCGCAUGGGGGUGGAUAAAGGUGGCAAAAAGAAGCCCGUCCACACUUAUUCCCUCAACCGUAUCACAUACUGCAGUGCUGACCCCUUCCGGCCAAAGAUCUUUGCGUGGAUUUACAGGCAUCAGGUGAAGAAUAAAGCGGUGGUUCUACGAUGCCACGCCGUCCUGUUGGCGAAGGCAGAAAAGGCCCGAGCGUUAGCUCUCAGCCUGUACCAAAACUCAACAUCGGCAUUCACUGAGUUCAAACGACUAAAGCGCCAGUCCGACUUCUGUCAUUGCCAGCAGCAGCUGUUGGGCGAGGUCAUUGUGCCUCUUAUGCCUCUUCGGAGACUCCUGAAUGGCCAAUGCCACUACCAGCCACCUGCAGAAAAGCCUGGAAGCGCCACACGGCUCUCCUCGAUUACUGAGGAAGAGCCCAUCUGUCAACUCUGGCAUGUGUUUUUGUAA